UGGAGCGAGCUGGUGCCGUGCUGGCUGUAUCGCGCCCGGGAGCAGCCGCCCGCCACAGCGGUGUGGUGGCCGUUCCUCUACGUCACCACCUCCCCGCGGAUGUACCGCCUGUGCAGCUUCCUCACCAUGAUCCUCCCCGCCGCCUUCCACGACGCCGUCAUCGCGCCGCUGCUGGAGAGGCCCGCCACGAUGCUCCGCAAGACGCGGAAGGUGAUCCGACUGCUGGAGGCCAUCAGCCCCUUCUCGAUCACGGACUGGGACUUCAAGGACGACAACGUGCGCGGCCUGUGGUCGCUGCUGUCGGGCCGCGACCGCGUGCUCUUCCCCCUGGACGUGGAGGCCAUCGACUGGGACACCUACUGCAAGGCGGCCUUGGCGGGCUCCAAGCGCUACCUGCUUAAAGAAGACGGCGCCGUGGGCCACCCCCGCAGACUGUACCUUCUGCACCGACUCACCCAAACCGCGCUGGCGUCCGUCCUGCUGGCCCUGCUGGGCUGGGCCACGUGGCCCUACCUGGCCCGGCUGUGGCCCUCAAGCACCGUCAAGUUCAUCAAGUUCGUCCUGUCCAAGUGCUGAUAUUGAA